ACACACUACAGCUUUCUACAGGGAGCAGAGAGCACAAAGCUACAGCCACACAAGUGUUUGUGAAGACAUACAGCUAAAGGAAAACUAUGACGAGGGUCAGUCGUCAAACUCUGAUAACAUGUCUGCUGUUAUUCUGUGCAGUAACAAAACAGAUAGUAGCCUCCACAACACCACCUUCAACUUCUGCAAGCCUUACCGAGACAUCAACUGCAGGUGUCACUGAAAACACCAGCACCACUGACAUCAACCAAAGCACCAACACAGCCAUUACUCCCACAAGCACCACCCAAACAUACAGCACCACUGACCUCGCCCAAAGCACCAGCACAGCCAUUACUCCCACAAGCGCCACCCAAACAAACAGCACCACUGACAUCGCCCAAAGCACCAGCGCAGCCAUUACUCCCACGAGCGCCACCCAAACAAACAGCACCACUGACAUCGCCCAAAGCACCAGCACAGCCAUUACUCCCAUGAGCGCCACCCAAACAUACAGCACCACUGACAUCCCCCAAACCACCAACACAACAAUCACCUUAAGCACUUUAAAUGCAAGUAUUCAAACAAUCACAGAAACUACUAACACUCCUGGAUUCACCACCCCUCUAAGAGCCACCACGAAGGGUACCACUCUGGGGCAAGAUGAACACAAGACCAAAGGUCUAAGCUCAGGAAGUAUUGCAGCCAUCGUUUCUUUAUUCAUUGUAUUGGUUCUCGUUGUGUUGGGAGGGCUCUACUACUACAAGAUCGGACGGACAAACUACGGUCGUCUCCUGGACAGCCAAGAUUACGGCAUGACAGGAAACUUCAACAACCCAAUGUAUGACCCCUAUGAUGCUUGACCUCUGAUCCCAGAGAAAUCCAAAGUCCUGCAGGCAGAGCCAGUCUGAUCAGAAUGUGCUAACAGUAUGUGAAUGAUGACUUCACGAUGGUCAGAUUUUUCAAGUGUUAGCUAGACAUCGAGCCAGUGUCACGCCACUGCUCGAAUGCACUGAAUUUCUCGAACUGCUAUUGUAUUUCCAAUGUGACAAAAAAGUAUUUAUUUCAAAUAAUAGCAGCUACUAGCAUUUACUCAGGUACCUUUUCAAAGAGCUUUAGCUUCAUGAACUCUCAUGUCUGAUCACAUUUCUAAGAGUGGAAAGUCACAGGUUAUCUAGUGUGUUUGUACAGGUGUUAUGACUUUUCUCAGUGAAGAUCAGCUCCAGUGUAACAUUACAAAGAGACACUGAAAAAACACGGACGGUAGCAAAUAAUAAAGAGCCAGCAGAGAAAACUUUCCAAUGUGCCAAUGAAGUGAUGAGAAACGUUUUUGAUCAUUAUACAAUUUUCAUAAUAAUUUUGAUUUAUAGAAAAGUGAGAUAUAUCGCAAAUCUAAGAUGGAGACACGUUUUAACAACUCCAGGUGUCCAUGUUGAGUGAUGUAAUAGAGACAUUUAGAUAAAAUGUUUUAGCUUUAUUAGUUUUUCUUAUUGUGUGUGUAAAAGUGUCAAACUGAAUGAUGUAAAGGAAGAGAGUGACCAGCCUUUGAAAGGAGGGUACAAGGUUUAAUUCUUUAAUUGUAUUCAAAAAGCUAAAAGAUGUAUUUUUGUAUUAAACAUCUUGUGUGCCCUCAGUAAAACACAUAAUAAGGUGUUACCUCUCUCUCAAACCUGAUCAGCUGUAUCUGCCAUUUUUGAGUGACAUUUUAAUUACUAGAUUCUGUGUUGAGAUGUGGUUUGUUUUCAUAUUUCUGGGAUAUUUCUGUCGUCAGCCAGGCUGCUGUUUUGACUGUUUGUAUAUUUUAAUGAGCUCGAUAGAUGUGUGUUUGUGAAUAAAUUGGUGAAUAAAGGUGAUUAAAGUCACUGUUAUCGCCAUUGUGGCAACAGCAA